CUCCGACUCUUGUUUUUUAAAAUUCAAAGAAAGUCACUCCUCCAGGAUAAGACCCUUCCCUCGUCGAACCAAGGUGAUUACAAAAGCACUACCUCCCGCUUCUCCGCUUCUUAGGGCUCAUAUUUUGGGUUCUCUUUAAGAUAGCGCUGUGAAACCCUCGUUUCUUGUUGCGAAGUUGGAGGAAAUUAGGGUUGUUUACUUUUGAAAUGGAUGCUGAAGAAGGAACGAGCAAUGGUGGCGGUACAGAAUGCUCCGAGGCGCUUCAGUGCUUGAAAAGUGACGAAGUUGUUAUUGGGAUUAGAGAAAUGGAUGUUGAAGAAGGAACAAGCAAUGGUGGCGAUACAGAAUGCUCUGAGGCGCUUCAGUGCCUGAAAAGUGGCGAAGACAAUAAUGGUAUUAGAGAAAUGGAUGUUGAAGAAGGAACAAGCAACGGCGGCAGUGCAGAAUUCUUGGAGGCGGUUCAGUGCUUGAAAAGUGAAGUAGUCAAUAAUGAGAUUUCAAAAGUGGAUGUUGAAGAAGGGAAAAACACUGUUGGCGGUGCAGAAUUAUCCGAGGUGCCGCAGUGCUUGAAAAGUGACGAAGUCGGUAAUGGGAUUAGAAUUGGGGUUGGUGAUGACAUUGUAGGAUCAAGCUCGGGUUUGAGAAGUGACGAAGUCAAUAAUGGGAUUAGAUUUGGGGUUCAGGCUGACAUUGCAGGAUCAAGCUCGGGCUUGAAAAGUGAUGGAGUCAAUAAUGGGAUUAAAUUCAGAAAGGAGGCUGACGUUGAAGGUAUUAGAGAAAUGGAUGUUGAAGAAGGAACAAGCAGCGGCGGCAGUGCAGAAUUCUUGGAGGCAGUUCAGUGCUUGGAAAGUGAAGUAGUCAAUAAUGAGAUUACAGAAGUGGAUGUUGAAGAAGGGAAAAACACUGUUGGCGGUGCAGAAUUAUCUGAGGUGCUGCAGUGCUUGAAAAGUGACGAAGUCGGUAAUGGGAUUAGAAUUGGGGUUGAUGAUGACAUUGUAGGAUCAAGCUCGGGUUUGAGAAGUGACGAAGUCAAUAAUGGGAUUAGAUUUGGGGUUCAGGCUGACGUUGCAGGAUCAAGCUCGGGCUUGAAAAGUGAUGGAGUCAAUAAUGGGAUUAAAUUCGGAAAGGAGGCUGACGUUGAAGGAUCAAGCUUGGGCAUGAAAAGUGAGGAAGUCAAUAACGGGAUUGUAUUUGGGUUUAGGGCUGGCGUUUCAAGGCAGAGCUCAGGGCACAGCUCAGGGCACAGUGAGGGUUUCCAAACUUACAAGAGGCGAAAGCAUGUAAAUUCCAGCAACAAGAGCGUAUUAGAGGAUGAUGGAAGAGCUUAUGCAAAAGGUGCCAGUCAACUGGUGCACCAGCCCAUAAAAGACACACAAGGCGUUGUUUUUGACAACAGUUCUUGUGAGCAAAUCUGCCUGCCUACAGACAGUUUAGAUGGUUGUUCACAAAAGCCAUGGAAAUUGUUUUGGAACCCCAUAAAAGAUACACAAGGCGUUGUUUUAGACAACGGUUCUUGUGAGCAAAUCUGCCUGCCUACAGACAGUUUAGAUGGUUGUUCACAAAAGCCAUGGAAAAUUGUUUUGGAAUGUAUGUAUCAGUCAUUAAGUGACAAUGACGGUGGUAUACAAGGAUCCAUUCGAGAUGUACUUGAAUCAUAUCCAGGAAUGGGUAGUACAAAGAGAGCUAAGGAAUAUGAUCACCGUGAUGAGAAUAGAUGGAGGUGUCCUUCACCAACACGGCAUCCCUUAAAUGGAUUUCAGAAAGAAGCUAGUGGGCAUCCGGGUGUUUUAUCUAAUGGAAAUUUGGAUAGCUUAAGCCAUGACACGGUCACUGACGUCUGUCGGCAUGUCUUUUUGAAUAUUUUAUUAUCAGAGAAUUUUGCCUCACUCUGCAAGCUGCUGUUAGAUAAUUUCCAAGGAAUCAAGAUUGACAGCUUUUUUGACUUGAAUCUUAUAAACUCAAGAGUGAAAGAUGGUGUUUAUGACAAUUCACCUGUGCUUUUCCUCACAGAUAUUCAACAGGUGUGGGAAAAACUUGAGGGAGUUGGUGCUGAGAUGAUUUCUCUGGCAAAAAAUCUCUCUGACAUUUCAAGAUCUUGUUAUAAUAAACAGUUCUGCACCUGGGAAUCCGACUCUCACACUAAGCUAGAGAAAGGAGAGGGUUAUAGUGCAUACAAGGCUUGCACUUGUAGUCAGUGUGGACUCAAGGCUGAUGGGAGGGACUAUCUAGUUUGUGAUUCAUGUGAAGAGAUGUACCAUGUAUCGUGCAUUGAACCAGCCGUUAAAGAGAUCCCCCCAAAAAGUUGGUAUUGCGCCACCUGCAUUGCAAAUGGAAUUCAAUCACCACAUGAAAAUUGUGUGGUGUGUGAAAGGCUCAAUGCUCCAAAGACUGCAGUCAAGGUUGAUUAUGACAGUUCUUACACAAAUGAAGAGACGCUUAAUGAGUUGGGAGAGAGUUCAGACUGUGGUACGGAUGAAGAAGGGUUUCAACCAUCAAAAAGGAGCGAAAACUUGGGCCAAUGUAAAAUUUGUGGCUGCGAGAUACAAGAUGGUGAAGAGUCAAAGAUAUGCAGUAAUAACGGCUGCCCUGGCGGAUGCUACCACGUUAGGUGCCUGUCAAAAAAGCAGCUAAAGUCGUAUAGUCCAUGUUGGUACUGCCCUUCUUGCCUGUGCAGAAUUUGUCUCGCUGAUAAAGAUGAUGAUAAGAUUGUUCUAUGUGACGGCUGUGAUCAUGCAUACCAUAUAUAUUGCAUGAAACCAGCACGGAGUACUAUUCCAAAGGGAAAGUGGUUUUGUGUACCAUGUCAAGCACAACGUGAUGCAGUACGGAAGGCAAAGAGGAAAUUCGAGAAUCGUGAAAACAAACAGAGAAAGAAAGCCAAUAAAGGAUUGGGGGCAUUUGCAAAUCUUGAAAACAGGUGGAAUAGUGAAGGCAUCAUGGAAUCAGAUAAAGGUGGAGGAGCAAUGGAGAUGCUGAUAUCUGCAGCCGAUACUUUAAACAAUGAAGAAAAAUUGGCUGGCAUUUUAGACAGAAGCUGCAAAAAAAUAUCCGGAUAGAGAACAGAUUUUGAAUCCCGUCAAGUAAUAUCUGACUUUUUAGGCGUAUAUCCUAAUGCUAAUGAUUUUCCUUUUUGUUUCUUUCCUCAUUGAUUUCGUUUUUGCCUCAUUAAUUCAGGGACUGAUAUUUUGGUAGGUUGUAAACUGGUAUCGCUUCGCUGACCUUUUGAUACGUAUCUCAGGGAAAGCCAUGAUUGUAAAGGCUGUAUACGUACUUUUGCAAUGCCCCUUGUCUAAAAGUGAAGGGAUUGAGAAUCACUAUAUCAGUCUGGUAGAGUUUUAACCUUUUUGGCAACCAUUGUUGAACAUGUUUGUAGUCAGUUUUUACCCAUGCAAGUACAUAUGUUUCAAGAGGUAUCAAAAGUAAUAUGUUUUUCAGUCAUGUACUCACGUUGUAAAAUGCAGAAAGUGUUACGAGACAGCUGUUCUUGGUAAUCAAAUUGAAGCAUUUUUUUUUUCGCGGCA